UGUUCUGCUCGGCGUCAAGCUCGGACUCGGUGGAUCUCGCUGACUCUGCCCUGAGCCCGUCACCGCGUCCCUCCAGCCCUCAUCUUCCUGUACUGACUUGGCCUGGCUCUCUCCUGUCGACGCCCCUCGGUACAGAUCAAGAUGUUCUUUGAGGAACACUUACACCUGGACGAGGAGAUCCGCUACAUCUUGGACGGCAGCGGGUACUUUGACGUGCGGGACCAGGAGGACCGGUGGAUCCGGAUCUCCAUGGAGAAGGGGGACAUGAUCACCCUGCCUGCCGGCAUCUACCACCGCUUCACGCUGGAUGAGAAGAACUACGUGAAGGCCAUGCGGCUGUUCGUGGGAGACCCCGUGUGGACGCCGUACAACCGGCCGUCGGACCACCUCGAGGCCCGGACACAGUACCUGGAGUUCCUGGCGCGGACGGCCUAGCGGCCCCUCGUGACGCAGCACGGAGUCUGUCUCUUUCUCCUGCUUCAGAAUGCAUUUUAAUGGAUGGAGCUAUGGAGCUGGUUGCACGCGCAGUCAGCUGGAAACCUGGGCAGGUGAUUCACUUCUCUGAUUCGGGGUCAGGGGUCAGUGGCCCCCCACCAGCUCCAGCCUUCAGCUCUGACCAGUGCGUUUCAUCUCCCCAAAUACAGCCACUUCCUGCCUGAUUCUCGGGCUCUAAACAGGCGCCGGGUGCGGCCACACCUGCCCUGUGCAGACGUGUGACAGUGGGUGACAGGAUGGGUGGGAGGUCACCCACUUUUCUCCCAAAACACGGGGGGCUGGGGGGGAGCUGGCAUGUUGGGGGCCAUGCGCUCGCUUAAGCCACUUCUUUCUUCAAAAUAAAGCAGCUGCCGUAGCACUCUGCUGGUGGUUUGGAGUCGCCUCGUAUUCUGGUGCCUGUGCGUCCUUCCAGUCGCCCCGUUUGCCUCCGUCGUCUGACGAGUGCGCAUGUGCACAGUUAAUGUCUGUGUUUCUUGCGUCGGCACUGUUCCACGUGCAAUUUCUAGGUUUAACUCGCUACAGUAAAUGUCUUCUACAAUCAAGCCUUUGAAUUUUAACAAGAAUUGGUAUAUCGUUUGUAUUUUUAACCAACAAUUUUAAGAUACAAUUAUAUCUCAUUUGUUAUAAUCAUAGAAAAACCCUGAAUUAGCCUCAGAUUUGAAGGGCAGUUUGCUUUGGGUAUUCUUUUAAACUGGAUUAAAACUCUUCAUGUUGAAAUGG